AUGCUAUCGAUUCUGUUCCUAGUUUACAUUCUAUCUGCGAAGAUAGCAAGUGCCUAUCCUGCCGACGCUGUCUCCAAUGAUCCAUCUCCCCACGUCUUCAAGCGCAACCCAUGUGAUGGAAAGGAUGCCGAACCUAUUCUGUAUCACGAUUACAAGAACGACGUCUGCCCCCCGCCCAUGGGCUUCGAAUCGCCAGGCGUGUGUCACAUGAAGAAGCAGCAGAACGAAGGGGCCUGGUGGAACCCAUUCCGGGGCUUCCAUUGUGGCGGAUUCUGCGAGGAGAAUGUAGGUCUUCGAGCCAAAAGUUUCAUUGCGACUGACUUAGGACAACAGGUGCGGUUCUUCUACGGCCAGGAGAGUAUGUUCCUCUCGAACCCGUAUUGCCAUGGCCCCAUGACGUGUGGUAUUACCGAUACGACUACCACGGCUUGGGCGUACACUAUCAACUUCCCGCUUAGUGGCAAGAUAGCCGAUUUUAGCGGUGGCGUCACUGGUGGUGUAUCGAACACGAACACUGUAGCCAAAGCUGUCAACAAAGCCGUAAAGCUGGAGCAUAACGAGUGCGGAUACUUCACAUGGAUCCCGAUACUCAGAGAAUCUUGGUAA